AUGGAAGCCAGACAACUCAUCAACACCGGUCGACUAUCCAAUACUCCCACUCCCACCGGCACCCGAACCCGCUGCACCCCAUUCACCCUCCCCGCCAACGGUGUUCUGACUCUAGGACCCGACAACGUAAUUACCCUCACUGAAGAUGCCGUCUUCAGACCAGAGUGUACAGGUGCGAGUGGCGUGGUCCUCACAAACGCGGGCACCGUCACGACAAGCUUACUCGACUUUCGCGAUCCCUUUUACGCCUCGACCAUCCCGGAAUGUUAUGCUUUGGCAUCAGCGACGGUAAUUGCAUAUAUGCUCGUGAUAAUGUUGGUAAUUACGCCUAGGACCUUCUUACAUGACGGAACCGUGGUAUUGGGACGACGGGGAUUUACCAAUGGACCAUCUGGAAGCGACGCGGGAAUUGGAAUCGGAGGACGACCAUGGCUUCAGAAAGUAGCAGCGAUGACGGUCGCGAUAUCUCUCACCAUUGCCACCGUGGACACGUUCAAAGUCGCCGAAUCGCAAUACCAAAAGGGAUUUAUGGAUGCAGCCGCUCUACAGAAAGAGGUCGAAGAUGGAAUGGAACUAAAAAUCAUCCGCGUGAUAUCCGACACCUUUCUAUGGCUAGCCCAGGCCCAAACACUCAUCCGUCUGUUUCCUCGACAACGUGAAAAGAUCAUCAUUAAAUACACGGCCUUUGCUCUCAUCACACUCGAUGUACUCUUCAGUAUUUUGAACAACUUCUAUUACAAAGGAAACUCACGGCCGAGGACUUUUGUGGAUGCCGUCCCGGCGCUAGCUUAUUUAUUCCAACUAUCUCUGAGCCUCCUUUAUUCGGCAUGGGUCAUUUACUACGCCAUUACGAAGAAGCGGUAUUCUUUCUAUCAUGUACAGAUGAAAAAUAUGUGUUUGGUGGCGUUACUUUCCGUGGUAUCAGUCUUGGUACCAACAGUAUUUUUUGUCCUCGACAUCUCAAAACCCACUCUUGCGGGAUGGGGUGACUAUGUCCGGUGGGUUGGUGCAGCGGCGGCGAGUGUAGUAGUAUGGGAAUGGGUGGAAAGGAUUGAAGCGUUGGAACGAAAUGAUAAGAAAGACGGUGUUUUAGGAAGAGAAGUAUUUGAUGGAGAUGAGAUGUUGGACGUUACACCAACAGCAGAACCCACUUGGACAGAAAGAUGGAGCGGUCGUAAACACGACAACGACGGAGAUGAAGGCGGUACUGCUGCAACAUCAGGCUCGAAUGGCAAGCGCUGGCCUGGGAUGGCAGUCAUGAAAAGUCGAUAUAGGUCGCAUCAACCAAACCCUACUGUGGAUCUCGAGCAAGGCCAAAAUACCUCCGAUGCCUUACGAAAUACUAACAAUCGAAAAUCAAGGGUCCGACCUCCCCUUUGGCCAACGCGGCCCCGCCCCGCGGCCACUCCUAUUAGCAGAACAGAUACUGCUAGUGCUGAUAGCACCGUAUAUGCAGUUCGGUACCAUCCUAUCAGCGAGGCGACACCACAACCUCCAAGGAUUAUCAUACCCUCCAGGAGCAAUAGCGUAGACGGACCGACCCCCAGACGGAGCCCUUCGAACCUCCAGAGAACCACGGAGGUCAAUAAUGAGAAAGAGCUUGUCGCUGCAGAAGCGGCGGAAGCAUAUGGCAUUGAGGCCGGACCCAAUAAGCCUACAGCAUGGCAAUCCAUCGCCAAAGUCAACCCCUUUCGGAGGAGAAUAAAUGCUCCACCACCAGAGGUUUCUGCACAUACUGUGAAAAUGAAGCAAGAGGAACAACUACCUCCCAGCAGUCAUGAUUCGUCUAACAAAUGGGAUGUUCGAGGAAGAAUUGAGGACUUUGCCGCGACCCAAGCUGACAAGUAUCGAGAAAAGUCUCGAGCCGAUGUCACUACCGCUCCUUUGACACGCACAGUCAUCCCAGCACCACCCAGAAGACGCAAUCUUCAGCAAACUUUGGAGGAGUUGGAAAAUGCCGAGACCUUGAAUGGUACAGGUUCAGUGCCAGGUAUCACAUCUGCUACCAGCCAGAAUACUCUGGGGGAAUUCUUGCAGGUGGAGCAACCUCGUUCGAGUGAUCCAUACACGCCAGAUGACCUUGGAUUCCAUGCGGUACAUCAGCGUGGGGCAAUCUCGAUAGUCACAUCAGAUCGAGGACGAUCGCCUAGCCAGGACGAUGGACUUUCUCCCGUUUCUCCUGUCUCGCCGGAGGAUGAUCGAGCGCCGUCUCAAAGGAACAGUGCGAUCAUAAUCACCCCGAUAUCGCCUCGACGGGAUGGAUUACCAAUCCUGAGCAUUCCCGCACCUCCCAGGCGACCAAGGCCUGACGAUGACGAUGAUUAG